AUGUCUGUCGGUGUUUACAAUGCUACAUGUCUCACAGUGGUUUCUAUUACCAGGUCAGGAUGGCUGAUCAGUUGGCUCCCUUCCUGGUGUCCCACUUCUCUGUCUCUUCUCAAGGACGCUGAGACCAAAAUGCUGCAGGGUGUCCAAAGUAAAUGCAUCAAAGAAUAUGUUUCAAUAUCCAAUGGCAACAGGAUCUGGACGCUAAUAUUCAGUCAUGAAGUUGAUAACAAAACUCCACUUGUUCUGAUUCACGGAUUUGGAGGAGGAGUUGGACUUUGGAUCUUGAACUUCGAUACACUUGUCCAACAACGUACUGUGUAUGCCUUUGACCUUGUGGGAUUUGGUCAAAGCAGUAGGCCACAGUUCAGCAAUGAUUCAGAACUGGCUGAAAAACAGUUUGUGCAGUCUAUUGAGGAAUGGAGAGCAAAAAUGGGAGUGGAAAAAAUGAUUUUAUUAGGACAUAAUUUUGGUGGCUAUUUGGCUGCAUCAUACACAAUUAACUACCCACUAAGGGUUAAACAUCUAAUAUUAGAGGAACCAUGGGGGUCAGUGCAUGAGGAACAGGAACGACCAGUGCCCAUCUGGAUGAAAGUCCUGGGAGCGAUGCUGAGUCCAUUCAACCCAUUGGCAGGUCUUAGGUUGGCUGGACCUUUUGGGCCAGUUCUAAUUCAGCGCUUAAGACCUGACCUCAAGCAAAAGUUUUCCUCGGUGUGCGAUGAUGAAACCACAGUCACAGAAUACAUUUAUCACUGCAAUGCACAAACCCCCAGUGGGGAAACGGCUUUCAGAAACAUGACCAUACCUUAUGGUUGGGCUAAACAGCCAAUGCUUCAGAGGAUUAAUCAGAUACAAGAGGACAUUCCUAUCACAGUCAUUUAUGGAGCUCGUUCUUCCAUAGAUGGCAACUCUGGAAACCAAAUUAAAGCACUGAGACCUAACUCCCCUGUCAACAUCAUAGUCAUUCGCGGUGCUGGUCAUUAUGUGCAUGCUGAUCAACCUGAAGACUUCAAUCAAAAAGUAGUGGACAUCUGCAGUACUGUAGACUAACUGUGUUCUCACCUCAAAAAGUAAUAAAUGUAGCUAGACUACCUUCAUUUAGCCCUAAGAAAUCAUUCUUCUGAAGGAUUCUGUUUUAAACUAACAAUUGAGAAGACUUAUUAAGUCAAUAUCUAUCAUCUCUUGUUCAAUAUUUUAGAGCUUUAUGCUAUUUCUAGAUUUUAUUUUUGAUUUACCACAAACGUUUUUGACUAUUUUAAUAUGUGCAAUAUUAAUAUCUAUAUAAUUAUCAGCUGUUAAUGGCUACAUGUGUAUAUUCUUUGGAUUUGUUUGUGGGUUCAGUCAUCAGCAACAGUCAUUUUUAAUUGAAAAUACUUAUUCCGUUUUUAAGAAUAUUGCCACUAAAUUGUUCACUAAGAGAUUUUUCUGACGUCUUAUUUAUUUGCAAUAGUCUUAUCUUGCUGAAAUUGAUCUUUUCGAGCUUUGGCUCAGUAGCAUCAGCAGCGAUCUGAGAAGAAACUUAGGGUGUCUUUCGUUUUGUUUUGCAACUCACAAUUUAGUGAUAUUUUAGCACAGCUAAAUCAUUCAAAUCCCAUUGUUUCUAAAUCUGUCUUCACAUACAAGACAGGUACUCGAGAUAUGUGAAACGGGAUGGUUCAGCGUUUCUAUCAAGGAGGCAUUUUCUAAAAGAAAAUAGUCUCCUUAGUUUAUCUGAAGAGGGUUUUAAUUCUGCUGCUUUCGUAUUUUGCUCUGCAACUACUAGUUCUGUUUCUGGCUUAGUUUUUGAGCAGGGUUUCCUGUUAAAAUAAGGUCACCUUUCCUUGGCAUUUCUUAACUCUACUAUGCCAAAAACUUCUAACACGAAACAGAAAACUGCUUUCUGGUUAGAUUAUUGUUUUAUACGAUGGGGUUUAUAACACGCCAAAUACUAAAACUAGUGAAAAUUGAAGUAUUAUUAUUAUAAUAAUAAUUCUUGCAUUUGAUAUG